AUGCCUGAUGCGUUGACUGUUGAUGAGUUCGUAAAUGACACGUUAGAGGACGUCAGACAUCCUCUGAAGUCUAAUUUCAUUUCAAAAAUUUCCAGUGUGAGAUGCACAGUGUAUAGUCUGGAUGAGGGAUUAGAGACGGAUAGAAAUGUCCUGAUACGAUCAAAGAAGCUAGUCAAAUCUGUUGUGUCCUCAGGGAUCGCCUAUGCUGAGCAAAUCACAGCUUUGUGCGACUUUUUAGAAAGGCUUGGUCAAAUAGCAUUGGAGGGGAAUGAACCUAAUGGAAAUGAUAUUGCUGCCAGUUUGUGCAAGUUUUCUGUUGUCCACAGAGAUUUGGCUAACAUGACUAAGCAUCUGAUGCAAAAUUUAAAUAGUAUUAUUGUAUUUCCAAUGGAAACAUUUAUGCAAGGAGAUAUCAAAAGUGACCUUAAAAAACCCUUCGAAAAAGCACUGAAAGAUUAUGAAUACAAGUAUGACAAACUACGCAAGGAAAAGUUACAAAUCAUGAAAGAAACUGGUUGCUAUGCUCCUGAAGCAUUUACAGAAGGUAUGACAAAAGAUUUAGAAAAAGAACGCAGGCGGUUACAACUAGAAACGUGUGAGUAUUUGAUUAAAGUGAAUGAAUUGAAAGCGAAACGUAGUGCAGAUCUUCUACAACAUUUAAUUGAUUUCUUCUAUGUUCAAACUCAUUAUCUACGUGAAUGUUUAGGUGUGAUGGAUCAUUUUGGUAAAUCAAUGAAUGAUUUAGCUAGUCGUGUGAAUACAUUGCAUAAAAUUAAUGAUGUACAAAAACGUCGUCUUGUAGAUACUCGUGAAGAGGUCAGAGGGAUUUUGGAGAAAGAGUGUGAUUCAAUUCGUCGAAAAUCUCGUUUAUUUGGACAGUCUAUUCAGACCGGUGUAACAUAUGCAGCACAACCUACUCAAGUGAAUCGGGCUUUUGGGACAAGAAAAAGCGGAUUUCUGCUUAAGAAAUCCGAUGGAAAGGUGAAACGUGUUUGGCAAAGACGUCGUGUUCGUAUUGCUGACGGUGAAUUAUGGUUGUAUCAUGCAGAUGAACAAAGCCACCUGUACGCUUAA